CAGUCAGCUGGUAGAAAACGGACUCCGGUUUUUGAUCCGGUGGUUCUGGUUUUUCAUGCUUGAAUUCGGCUGAUUUAAAUCAGUUUCUCAUAAGCAGAACUUGAAGGAUCCGACCUUUUGGACAUGGACCCUCUCCAGACCUCAGCAAGAAGGUUUCUGGUUCUUCCUGAUUUGGAUUUUCUCCUUGUUCAUGGUUGGUGUGACCCAUCUCUCAGGUAAUCCGCCGCCAUCAUGGCUGGGACAGAAGUUCCUCCUCAUCUUGUCUGUGUUCAUGUCAGCUGCUGAUUAAUAUUUAUUUCGAUCCAGAUCUGAACCAUUGUGUUUUCUGGAAGGAGGUUCUGGGGAACAGAGUCUCUUUCCAGAUGCUGAUUGUGGAAAGCAGCAGUUAUCAGAAAUGGUGUCAGAUACAAGGGAUGAGCAGGAUUACAUUUUCAAAGAAAGUGCUGGGAUAAUAUGUAUUUGACAACAGACUAUUUACAAUAUAUGAAAAAUAAAAACUGAAAAGCAUGUUAGCAGCAAAAAAUAAUUAAAAUGUUUAAAAUUGUGAAAAUAACAUCAGGAUUGUGAACACUUCAUGAGUUUGUUGGGAGCAGAAAUGCUUAGAGUCCAACAUCUGCUGAGAGGAAGGAUCUCCUCUAAUGCUUCUCCGUCCACUUUGGAUGUCAUCUUGACUUUUACCAAAUAUUUCUUUUUUUGUGAUUUUCUUAAAAUUACAGUUUAGGUUUUAAGUUUUUGCUUACAGCAGGUUGGGGACACAUGAAUGGGUGAUCAAACUCACCCAUUCAUGCUGUGGACCAAAACCGUAGGUCUCAUUUCAGACCAAGCAGCAGCAUUUACAAUUGCUGCCAAAAGUAGGAGGCAGACAACAGCACAGGGCAUUCUGGGUAAAAACAGCAAAAACAAACGUGCAAGUCUAACAUUAGCAGGAGAAAUGCUUCGUGGUUGUUUACCAAAAACAAAAGAGAAAAUAUAACUAUUAAAAUAUGAUGCUACUUCAUUUUUAUUCACAUUUUGCAAAGAAGGAAGUUGGUAUCUUCUUCUGAGAUUUGGGUUCAGCGCCCCCAUAGGCGAGGAGGGUAACAGAUUUUUUAAAAGGUUUCGCUGGUUUGAAACAAUGGAGUGUGACACAAACACCCGCAGGUGAAAUCAGAAGAAAUGUGUUAAUUUUUUUCCCAAAUGUACGAAGUCUACUGAACUAUCAGAUAUGAAAACAUCCUAAAUUUCUUCCGGCGAUACGUUGGACAGUCAGGUGACACACAAAGACACUUGGGUUUUUUAACUGGAGAAAGAUUCCAGAACCUUUGGAUGUGGAUCAAACUGACACACAUUGGUACAGAAAUUUACAGAAAACUUUUUCAAAUCUGCCAGUAAAUGUGGUCAACCCUUCCUGAAAUGAAUUCAGUUCAUCUCAUGAACCAGGAGCUGGUAGAUAAAGCCGGUCCAGAACUGAAGAACUUUAAAAAACCUGAACAUGAUGGAAUCACUGUGUUUGUCACAGAGGUGUGGUCUGCUGAAACAAAUCCUCCUCCUCCUGUUGGGCUGCAGAACCCGCCCUCCUGCUGUCAGAACCGAGGGACUGGGUCGGUCCAACUCAGACUGGAGCCAACAGAGACGGAGGAAACUGCUUCUACUGCCGGGAAGGAUUUGAAGCAGAAGCCAAAAUCCUGGAGUGAGGUUCAGACUCUCUGAUCAGCAGAGCUUCACGUAGAUGAGCAGAAAGAGGGAGAGAGAGGAGCUGGAAGGACGCAGAAGAGGACGGAGCAUGAAGAGGCAGCUGCAGAUCUGAAAACCGGUUGCCAUGGGAAACACAGACAGUCACAGCAGCUUCAGCUCUCCAGUCAAACCCUGCGGCUCCCUCAGGUUCUCCGCAAAGAAGGAAGAGGUAGCGUCGGCCCGCAGCUGGUGGCGGAGCAGCCAGAGCCGGGGCCAGGGCCACCGGGGCCAGCAUGCCUCCUGGCAGUACGAGUCUGCGCCCAGAGGGGGCGCCAAACAGAGUGCAGGAUCCCCUCAGAGGUUCAACCGAGGCGACCGAACACAGGACGGCCGCAGGAGUCCAUUUGGAUUCCAGGGGGCUAACGGUGAUCAGGCGUCCCUGCAGUGUGGCGGCAGUCCCAAGGUUCUGCUCAGCAAAGAUGGCAGCAUGAGGGUGGAGUUUACAAACGCCAGGGUGGUUCCUGUUGAGCCGCAGGGCUCACCGCCCGCCAACCUCCUCCCGGAGUCAUCCCACCGCACCAGCAAGGGCAGCUCACUGAGCUCAGAGGGGUCCUGGUACGACUCGCCCUGGGGCGCCGCCGGCGAGCUCACCGACAGCGUGUUCGUCUGCGGGCAGAGCGUCGACACCAGCAGCGGCUACAACACUUGCUCUUCCACUCAGGUGGAGGACGUCUCACCUGGGUUUAGCUCCGCCCUCCUGUUCCCUCCUGCAGAGGGCGCCAAAGGCCACAACAGCUGCUCCUCCGGCCGCACUGAGGACAGCGGCAUUGGGGACUCCGUCAUCCUUCAGCCUGACCUCCAUGACCUCAACCUGGCUUCACCGUCAGACAGCAGACACAACGCGCUUCCAGCCUUUCCGACGUCAGCGGACUCUUUUCUGCAGCAGCAGCAGCAGCUGCCAACCAUGGACAACGUCAUCCAGGAGGAGGCGCCGUCCGCUGGCGGCUUCGAACCGCGGUACUUCUCACACACGCUGCCCAAUCGUAAAGCCGAGCCAGUGAGCUCUGUCUUCUCUGGGAACAACCGGAAAGACUUCCUGAAGAGUCGGAUCCGACAGCUGAGCGACUGGACGGGCAGUUUGAGCCGCAAGAAAAGGCGGAUCCAGGAGCCGCACAGCAGCGACUCCUCCGGCGUCUUCAUCAGCAGCCUGAAUGGCGGCGCUCCUUGGACUUCCAACCCUCUCCUCCAGUUGAACCAGAACCAGUUCCCUCCGGCCCACUGGGACUUCUCCAGGAGCCCGAAUCAGAACCAGAGCAGCGACGCUCAGCGGCAGAACGUCUACAGGAGCUUCAUGCAGGAGCUGGAGACGGGCUGCGGCGGCGCGGCCGACCGGACCGAGCCGUCGGAGGACGACGACGACGCAGAGGAGGAGAUGGAAGAGGAGGCUGGAGGAGAUCUGGACGGGUUUCUGGAGACGGAUCAGGGCGCCGUGCGGCGCGCGGGGUGGCUCUACUUCAAAGCGCUCAUCACUGUCAGCAAGGACAGGAAGCUGGAGCUCGUCGCCCGCCGGAAGUGGAGGCGCUACUGGGUCACACUGAAAGGCUGCAGUCUGCUGUUUUAUGCGACGUUUGGGCGGAUCAGCGGCGCCGAGCAGGACCUUUCUCCUCGCUACGCUCUGCUAGCGGACGACAGCAUCGUCCAGGCCGUGCCAGAGCAUCCGCGCAGGGAGCACGUCUUCUGUCUGAGCAACUCACAUGGAGACGUCUACAUGUUCCAGGCCACUAACCAGACGGACCUGGAGAACUGGGUGACUGCGAUCCACUCGGCCAGCGCCGCCCUGCUGGCCAGGCGUCAGGGGAAGGAGGACACGCUGCGGCUGCUGCGCUGCCAGAGCCGCUCGCUGCUGCACAAGAUCGACAUGGACGGGAAGAUGAAGAAGAUGGCCGAGCUGCAGCUGUCCAUCAUCAAGGACCAGAAGAACCGGCGGGCGGUGGAGAGCCAGAUCCAGCAGUGGGAGCAGAACCUGGAGAAGCUGAACCUGGACCUGUUCCGGCUCCGGUGUUACCAGUCCAGCCUGCAGGGCUCUGAGCUGCCCAACCCAAAGAGCCUCCUGGCCGUGGCCAGCCGCCCCUCCAAAGCCGCACUGGGAAGACUGGGAGUCUUUUCCGUCUCCUCCUUCCACGCUCUGGUGUGCAGUCGUGAGGACGGGACGCUGCGGCGGCGCUGCAGGUCUGUGUCUGGAGGCCGGAGGAGAGGCCUGCCGUCCUCCCUGAAGGCUCUAUCCAAACCCAUCCAGGACGGGAAACUCUCGGACCACCAGGUUCUCCAUCGUCACGUCUCGGCGCCGUCUGCUCAGUCCGUUCCUGCUGUCUGCUUUUCAGAAACUGUGUCCUGCGUGUCCAAACACAGUGAGGUGCUGCCCUCUGUAGGACAUGUGGCAGAACUGCAGCUGAGUGAGGAGCGUCUUCCUUCAGCUGCUGGAGUUUUCAGCCUGAACGUCUGCCGACCAAACGCAGACCAGGACUUUGGUUUUGCGGUGACGGGUCACGUGGACGGAGCGGGUAAAAGUCACGUGUUCGUCAGUGAGGUCGAUCCGCUGGGCCUGUCGGCCAGAGGAGGCCUGCUGGCCGGAGACGAGGUGCUGGCCGUGAACGGGUCGGCCGUGUCCGGACUGGACCUGGAUCACCUCCAGACUCUCUUCAGACACCAGAAUCUCCGCCUGCUGCUGAGGAGAGACGAGCUGCCUGACCCGGAGGAGCCCAGCAUCACAUGGCCUGACCCCUCUGACCUCUGGGUCAAGCAGUCCGACCUGCACACCUGGACCUCAGAUGCUGCGCCCCCUGCUGGUAGUGACCCGUCUUUGGCGCUCACGCUGGAAUCACCUGAACAGAACACGGACCGGGUUUUCUCUCUGUACCACACCUUCCCAGAAAGUAAAACGUCGGACUUUGACGUUCCCAGAAACCCGUACGUCAGAGAGGAGAGUCUGCAUCCGCCAAGCCCCGCCCACCUGAGCGUCUGUCAGCGGCUACGGAAAGUCAUCCAGGAGCUGGUCGACACGGAGAAGUCCUACGUCAAGGAUCUGGUUUGUCUUUUUGAAAUCUACCUGACGCCGCUCCAGACCGAGACGUUCCUCAGUAAAGAUGAGAUGGAGGCGCUGUUCGGCAGUCUGCCGGAGAUGUUGGACUUCCAGAGAGUUUUCCUCCAAACGCUGGAGGAGAGAAUCGCUUCCUGUCCAGAGUUCAGCAGCUUGGAAACUCCUGAGCAGUUUAAGGUGCUCCUCUUCUCGUUGGGUGGAUCCUUUCUUUAUUACGCCGACCACUUCAAGCUCUACAGCGGCUUCUGUGCCAACCACAUCAAAGUCCAGAAGGUUCUGGAGAGAGCGAAAACAGACGCAGCCUUCAAGCACUUCCUGGAGACGAGGAAUCCGACCAAUCAGCACUCGUCUUCUCUGGAGUCGUACCUGAUCAAACCUGUUCAGAGGGUCCUGAAGUAUCCACUGCUGCUGAGGGAGCUGGUGUCUCUGACUGAUGCUGAGAGCCCCGAACACACACACCUGACAGAGGCGCUGAGAGCGAUGGAGAAGGUAGCGAGUCACAUCAACGAGAUGCAGAAGAUCUAUGAGGAUUAUGGCAGCGUGUUUGACCAGCUGGCAGCCGAGCAGAGCGGCGCUGACAAGCAGGUCACAGAGAUCUCGAUGGGGGAGUUCCUGGUCCACUCGCCGGUGGUGUGGCUGAACCCUCUGCCGUGUCUGCGGCGGCUGAGGAAGGAGCCUCAGCUCACGCUGUUCGUGUUCAAGCGAGCCGUCAUCCUGGUUCACCGUGAGAACAAGCUGAAGAAGAGAAUGACGAGCUCCCGUUCAGCCGAUCUGGACCCCUUCAGGUUCCGCUGGUUGAUCCCAGUUUCAGCGCUUCAGGUCCGACCGACCAACAUCCCAGGUUCAGAGGACCCGUGUGUGUGGGAGCUGGUUCACAGCAGGUCGGAGGUCGAGGGUCGACCAGAGACGGUCUUCCAGCUGUGCAGCAGCGAUCUGGAGGCGAAGGCCGCUUUGCUCCGCGCUCUCAGCUCCCUCCUCAAAGACCGAGCUGCUAGCGGCUCCCUGAGGAGAACCCGGCCGUCCGCCGCCGAGAAGAGCGCCACCUGGAGGAGGCGGCCCAGACCCGGUUGCUCCGACCGCCAGAGAACCGCCCCUCAUCCGCCGGCGGAGCGCUGCGGCGCCCUGGAGGAAACCUGCUCCGAGCCGCCGCUGCCAAGCCACGCCGGCUCCUCCGGGACGAGGCCCAGACUCUGCUCCCUGACCGGAGAGCUGGAGGCGCAGCUGCAGCACCUCAACGUCUCCGAGGAGGACCAAGGAGCGGCGCAGCGCCUGGACGAGGAGAAGAAUCGGACCUCCCGUCUGCGGCGGGGAGCAGCCGGCGACAGACUGGACUUCAGCAGCUUUGUGGGGAGAGACUUCAGCGUCCAGAGCAUGACGUCCAUGAUCAACGAAGACUGUUUCUACGACUCGGCGCAGGCGGUCCAAACGGACAGCAUCAACCUGGGGACUUGAACCUUCGUCUCUGUCUUCUGAUUGGACCUGAGGGACGUUGGAGCCUCCACCUUCUUCAAAUUAAAUGUUUGUGCUACAAAAUCUCAGUCUUAUAAAAUAUUUUUGGUCUAGUUUCUGGAGCAGGUAAAUUAGUAAAUUAGACCAAAGUUUGUUUGUAACAUUUUGUAUUCUUGUCGUGUUUUUGCAGCAAAAACUCUAAUUUAUCAUUUUAAAGAUGUGAAUAAAUGUUUCCAGGGGUCAUCAAAGGUCAACCAGCCACCACAUAUUUACAAAAUUAAGCAGGUUUGGUGUCAAUAUUUUACCAGCACAAAUAGAACAAUUAGUUUCUAUCAGUUUUGUUUGAUUUUGUUAAUCAAACUAAAUCAAGUUGAUCUAUGGAAACUUUUAUUUUUAAAAAUCUUAAAAAUUACAACAACACAAACAAAACAUUUUUAUCGACAUCGUAUUUUGUAGUAUUUUGUAAAUGUGGACUGUCUGAUUGACCUUUAAUGACCUCUGGAAAUAUUUAGUCAGAUGUUUAGAAUCUUAAACUCACUCAGGUCCUGAUUGGCUGCUUCAGAAACACCUGAUUAAACCAGCAGAUGUUUCCAGAUGCUGAAGCUCAACGAGGAAGUUCAUUUAAACCGGAUCUGAUUCUGGAGUUUCUUUCCUUCAAUGUGGAAAAAUAAUGAGACAAUUUUAAAUAACAAAAAAGUUUUAUAGGGAAAAAAACUCAGAGAAAACAGAAAAUACAGAUUUUAAGCUGAAUUUCUUUAAUCUUUUCAUCAAUGAAACAGAAACUGUCUAAAAACUGAUGUCACUGGUUUCACCUCCAAUUUACAAACAUUAACAUUUUUUCUCAGAUGACAAAAGUAUAUUUAGUCAAAAUUUGAUUUAUAGUUCGUAAAAUAUCACUAUAUUUUUCAGACGUUUUUGUAAGUUAUUAACUUUAGUCAGUUUUUUCAUGUAAAAUAAUUUAUUCAUGAAAUAUUUAUGUUUAGUUUUGUCAAAAACUGACUUUAAAAUUUUAAUGUUUUAUGGAAAUAUUUCCGGUAUUUUUCUCUGAUAAUUUUUGUAUUAAUUUAAAGGGUGGAAAUCACGAUUUUUAUACGUUUUCUGUACUUUAUUUAAAUAAAUUUCAUGAACUGUUGUCUGGGAGCAGAACCUUUGAGAUCCAACAAACCGGCACCAGCAGAAAAUCUAAAACCGAAUAAAUAAUGAUUUUUGAUAUGAAAACACAUAAACCAGUAGGGAUUUUCUUUUCCCUCAAAGACAAACUGGAAACCAUGGAAACAUUUCUGUCUUUUACUCAUAUUUUUAUUUAUUUUUUUUAUUCUGGAAGGAGGAGAUUUAAUAAGAGACGAAGUUGAUCUUCAGUUUGUCGAGUUUAUAAAGAUCCGAAGAGAAGCCUGGUCACUGGAAAACUUUGAUUUUCCAUUUUUAUAUCACGUAAAUGUCUGAACAGAAUCACCAAGUGAAACCAGCCGAAUGUUGGUGUUUGGAUCCUGAAUUUUUUUAUUUUAUUUUAUAAAUUGUAAAUAUCUCUCUGUGUACAGCUUAAGCUCCAGUUGUAAAUAUUUUAAUUUGACAAAAGCAGUUUCUGGAUAAAAGUCCAGAGCCGCUGCUUCAUAUUAAAGCCUUUCGUGCGUCUGUUACCGUCUCUAUUUAUAUUGGUUUUUUAUAUUGUUUAUUUUUAUUGAAGGGCAACUGUUUCAUUAUGAAAUGAAAAACUGUCGAAGUUUUUGGUAAUUUAUUUUCUUAAAUAUUUGUAUUCUUCUGUAAAUGAUGAGGUGCUGUUAAACACUGAUAAAAUGCAGAAUAUUUCAUAAAACUGAUUUUUGAUGCCAACA